AAUGGUCGCCGUCGGUAUGGAUUGUAUAUCGGUAGAUGAUAUCAUCAGCCGAUUGCUCAAAUUGAGGGACAAACCAGUGACCAAGAAAUUUAAGAUUUCAUAUGGCGAGAUCAGGGUGCUUUGUAUGAGAGUAAGAGAAAUCUUCUUGCAGCAGCCCAAUCUGUUAGAACUAAAUGCACCCAUCAGAAUCUGUGGAGAUAUUCAUGGUCAAUAUAAUGAUCUUCUAAGGUUAUUUGAUCAUGGUGGGCUACCUCCAAAAUCAAAUUACCUAUUAUUGGGAGAUUAUGUCGAUAGAGGGGCGCAAAGCCUAGAAGUCAUAUGUCUUCUUUUCGCGUACAAAAUUAAAUAUCCAAACAACUUUUAUAUCUUGAGGGGAAACCAUGAAUCUGCUUAUAUGAACCAUUCGUAUGGAUUUCAUGUUGAAUGCAAAUAUAGAUUAAACGAAAUGGUUUGGAGGGUCUUUAACCAAUGUUUUAACUACCUUCCUAUUGCUGCUCUAAUUGAUAACAAGAUACUCUGCAUGCAUGGUGGCCUCUCUCCUUUCCUCGAUAAUCUUGACCAAAUUAGAAACUUAGAGCGUCCAAUAUCUGACAUCCCUGAGAUUGGUUUAGUACAUGAUCUCCUUUGGGCUGAUCCUAGCCAAAACUUUAAAGGAUGGGGUAUAGGUAACAGGGGAGUUUCUAUUGCCUUUGGCUCCGAAAUUGUGACAAGGUUUCUUCGAAAGCACAAUCUUGACUUAAUUUGUCGUGCCCACGAGAUGAUGAAGAAUGGAUACAAUUUCUUUGCGAAUAAGCAGCUUGUGACUAUCUUUUCAGCACGAAAUUACUGUGGAAAGUUUGCCAAUGCUGGGGCUAUGAUGAGUGUGGACGAGAAUCUUGUGUGUACGUUUGAAAUACUAAAAGGAAAUGACCCCGUUGAAGCACUAGAAGAAAGUGACUGCGUCGAAACACUAGAAGAAAGUGACAGCGUUGAAGCACUAGAAGAAAGUGACUUCCUUGAAGGACGUUGAAGUACUAAAACGAAGUGACCUCGUUGAAACACGUUGAAGCACUAAGAGGAAGUGUCCGCAUUGAAGCAUGAUUUAAAUUUGGGGCAAACUAACAAGAAUUGCGGCAAAAACUUUUGAAAUGUUCUAGGGUUUAUGUUGUUGAAUGAUUUUUUUUUCCACUUUUUUCAAAAUAAAAUUUGGAUAUGAUGAAGAUUCUUAAUCAAAAGAAGGUUAGACACUUUUUAUUUGAUGAUCAGGGAUUUCUUUUAUAUGAUUUGAUUCUACUUGGCUGGCUCUA